AUGAAGAGAAUAUACAGAUUUCAGCUUAAACAUUUUACUUCUCUACCAAUAGAAAAUGAAGAGAUUAACGGCGAUGACUUGGACAAUCCAAAUAGUCAUUUGUUUAAGGAUUUAUGCAAUAUAUCCAGUGUCGGAGUUAUGAAUAACUUAAUUUUGAGAAGUUAUGAUCAGAGAUUAAUGGAUAAAACAAUUGAAGAUGGUCCCUAUGUCCGAGUCGCUGUUGUAGGAAAUGAAGCCGAAGAUAUAAGGGAAUCCAAUGAUGUGGUCCCCAAACUAAUAGAGGCAGUUCAAGCUAGACCUGCCUUAUGGGACCACACAUUGCCCUUGAAAUAUAGAGGAAGGGAUUUAAAAGAAAAGUUAUGGAAAGAGGUCCAUAAGGAAAUUAAUGGGGCUCUUCCAUUGGAGUAUUUGGACAAAAAGUGGAGAAAUCUAAGAGAUACUUUCUUAAGAUAUUCCAAAAAAUUGACACCAUCCGGGCCAGGCCGGGAUGAUAAAAAAAAGUGGAAGUACUUUGACAUUCUUUUCUUUUUGUCUGAAAAGAAUGCUUCCAGACAAACCCAUUCGAACAUCCCAAAUGAGUUAUCAUCCGAACCCGAGAACCAAAUGGAUUCUCCAUCACCAUCACCAGGGUGCUCCUCAUGGAGUUCAAUGGAGGCAACCCCAUCUAGGAAAAGUUCAAUUGAGGCAACCCCAUCUACAAAAAGUUCAAUGGAGGCAACCCCAUCUAGGAAAAGAAAAAUUGACCAAAUUAAUGAGCAAUUGCUUAAGGCAUUAGAGGUGCCACCAACACGACCACCAGCCCCUACAGCUUUUUCUCCGGCAAUGAUGACUGUACACUCUGUUUUGGAAAAACUCCCAUCUAGAGUUAGGAUGAAGGCUGAAAUUGAAAUUUUGAAUAAAGUUUAUUCGCUUUACGAUGAAUUUUGUAGCGAAUAAAAAAACAUAUGUUGUAUCAUUAUCACACCCACACGGCUUUUAGGAG